CCAUUGAGACCCAGGCUGUGAAUGCUCAAGGUGCAGGGAACUGAUGUGCAAGAGUUUAAGGAACUCUUGGUGCUGCCAAAUGUGUUGUUAUCACUAACUUCACUGCUGCUGUCAUUAGUACUGCUGCCAACACUGCCAGCCCUGCUUUUGCUGGUGCCAGAGCUGUUGAUGCCUUGGGCUCUCAGUGUCCCAGGGUGAUUCUGUAGACAAGCAGCUGCUUUUAGAUUUCACUUGCUCAUUACCUGUACAUCCUUUGCCUUAGGACUCAGGCUUAAAUCCAUGGAGCCUGGGAUACAGGACUAUCAGACGCUUCUAAAUUGGCUAUCACAGUGCAAGUAUUGGAGUCCCAAUGGGGGACUCAGGAUCGAGACGAUCUACUCUUGUCUCCCGGUUGCCAAUAUUCAGAAGAAGUAUUAGCAGAAGACAUGAGUCUCUUCCUUCUUCACCCUCUUCCAGUAAUACAGUUGGUGUCCACAGUUCCUCUCCUUCCAGCACUAACUCAAGCUCAGGUAGUACAGGUAAACGCAGGAGCAUAUUCCGCACUCCUUCUAUUAGCUUCCACCAUAAAAAGGGGAGUGAACCUAAACAAGAACCUACCAACCAGAACCUUAGUAUUUCAAAUGGUGCUCAACCUGGCCAAAGCAAUAUGCAGAAACUGAGUUUGGAAGAACAUAUUAAAACCAGGGCAAGACAUUCUGUUGGUUUCAGUAGUUCACGAAAUAAGAAGAUAACAAGAUCUUUGACAGAGGAUUUUGAAAAGGAAAAGGAGCACUCAACUAAUAAGAGUGUCUUUAUAAAUUGUCUAAGUUCUGGCAAAAGUGAGGGGGAUGAUUCUGGAUUCACAGAAGAACAAACUCGCCGUUCUGUUAAGCAUUCAACAAGGAAGCUACUCCCUAAAUCUUUUUCAUCUCACUAUAAAUUUUCUAAGCCAGUUCUACAGAGCCAAUCCAUUUCAUUGGUACAACAGUCUGAAUUCUCACUGGAAAUUACACAGUACCAAGACAGAGAACCUGUAUUAGUAAGAACUUCUCCAUCUUGUUCUGUGGAUGUAACAGAACGGGCAGGAAGCUCUUUACAAUCUCCUUUGCUUUCUGGUGAUCUUACCACAGCUCAGACACCUUCAGAAUUUUUAGCCUUGACAGAAGAUUCUGUGUCUGAAGUGGAUGCAUUUCCUAAAAGUGGAAGCAUGGCAUCCCACUGCGACAACUCUGGCCACAAUGAUUCUACCUCUCACAUCUCUCCCAAUCCUGCUGCUGUUGCAAAAACAACAGUAGAACUUAGGGGAACUGUUCCCUCUGCAAUUAUGUCUCCUGGGAAAUGCAGGUUAGAAGGUCGAUGUAGCACUGAAUCUAAUUCCUUACCAGAAACCUCUGCUGCUAAUCAGAAGGAAGUGUUAUUGCAAACCACUGAACUACCUGUUAGGAAUGUGAGCAACUCAGAGACUCACAUACCAGCAGAUACUCAAAAAGAAGAAAAUAUGGUGUUACAAAAUGGUGAAACAAUGCUGGGGGCAAGUUCUCCAAGGAAACUUGGAUUUUACGAGCAACAUAAAGCAAUAGCUGAACGUGUUAAAGGAAUACAUCCUAUUUCAGAGUCAAAGAUAAUACCCUUUUCUGGUGAUCAUCAUAUUUUUAACAAAACAUCAUAUGGAUAUGAAGGAAAUCCUGCCAAAGUUCUUGCUAGUAGCCUCAGUCCAUAUCGUGAAGGAAGAUUUAUAGAGAGGAGACUACGAUCUUCAUCAGAAGGAACUGCAGGGAAUAGCAGAGCGAUUUUGAAACCAAAAGAUGGAAACUUAGAAGAAGUUAAUAGUUUAAGAAAGCAGAGAGCAGGUUCCUCGUCUUCAAAAAUGAACAGUAUGGAUGUUUUGAAUAAUUUGGGAUCCUGUGAACUGGAUGAAGAUGAUCUAAUGCUCGAUCUAGAGUUUUUAGAGGAGCAGAAUCUUCAUCCUCCUGUUUGCCGGGAGGAUUCAUACCACUCUGUAGUCUCAUGUGCUGCUGUAGUUCUCACUUCUAUGGAACCAACAAUAGAAAUGAAGAAAAGAGAAGAACCAAAAUUUCCCGAGCCUUCCAAACAGAACCUUUCCCUGAAAUUAACAAAAGACAUUGAUCAGGAAGCCAGGUGUUCCCACAUCAGUCGAAUGCCCAGCAGCCCAUCUACAGAUUGGCCCCUACAAGGUGUGGAAGAAAAUGGAGGCAUAGAUUCUCUGCCAUUCAGACUGAUGUUGCAGGACUGCACAGCAGUGAAGACAUUAUUACUAAAGAUGAAGAGAGUUCUUCAAGAGGUAAUGCUUUACUUUAAGAUUAAUGACUUCCAGUGCUGGUAGACAAUGAAG